CUCCUGAAUGGGGCUGGAUUUUCGUGUUGAACUUGUCGCACAUGGAAGUAUUUAUGAAGUGGCCGUCAGUGCAACUUUUCAUCACGGGGUCCUGCUGCAACCUCCGAACUGCCCGGACUCCGCUGCUUCUCUUCCCCAACAACAUCACUCCAAAUCCGGUGACUGCUUUACGAUGGCAGACGGAGGCACUCACUGUUUCUACUGCAGAGAGGACCUAGGGGGGAAGAGAUUUGUUCGAAACGAGGGCCGUCCAGUUUGUGUUCGCUGCCACACCAAGUUCUGUGCCAACACGUGCCACGAGUGCCGCCGGCCCAUCUCUGUGGAGACCAAAGAGCUGACCCAUAAGAACCGUCACUGGCAUGAGGACUGUUUCCGCUGUGCCAAAUGCUACAAGCCUUUGGCCAAAGAGCCGUUCAGCACCAAAGACGAGAGGAUCCUGUGUGGAAAGUGUUGCUCCCGAGAGGACGCACCACGCUGCAAUGGCUGCUACAAACCUAUCCUGCCUGACACAGAGAGCAUGGAGUACAAAGGGAAAUCGUGGCAUGAUGACUGCUUCACCUGCUCCAACUGUAAACGUCCAAUAGGAACUCAGAGCUUUGUCUCCAAGGAUGACAACAUCUUCUGCAGCUCUUGCCAUGACAAGAAAUUUGCCAAGCAGUGCUUCAGCUGUAAAAAGCCCAUCACCUCUGGGGGUGUGACGUACCAGGAACAGCCGUGGCACAGUCACUGCUUCGUGUGUGUGUCCUGCUCCAAACCUUUGGCCGGGACUAGCUUCACAAACCACCAGGACCAGCCCUUCUGCGUGGACUGCUACAAGAACAACGUGGCCAAGAAGUGCGCUGGCUGCAACAACCCCAUCACAGGAUUUGGAAAAGGCAUAAACGUGAUCUCAUUUGAGGGCUGCUCUUGGCACGAGUACUGCUUCAACUGUAAGAAGUGCUCCCUGAGUCUGUCCAACAAACGCUUUGUGGCUGAAGGCAAAGACAUCCUCUGCACCGACUGUGGCAACAAAUAAAACAUCUGGACCUGUCUAUAAUGAGACAAGUCAAAGAUGAUCUGAUUAUAAAUGAUUUGAUUUUACAAAGCACAUUGUUUGUUGUCAUAAAUGUUAUACUUUUGUUUUGUUAUUUCAAUAAGCCAUGAUCAUAACAAUUUGGGAGUUAUUUCUACUAUGUCUGUGUAAUCCUGCAGUUGUCCAGGAACGAUCCAUAGCAAACAAAAAAAGUCACUUCGAACUGAAGAAGCUGCUUGGAUGCGUGGCGAAACAUCUUCACUCUAAAACUCUUGUUCAGUUGACAGAAUUGAAUCUUUUGUUUGCUUUUGUCUCUAUUGUGUGUGUUUUUUUUAAAUAAACAUUUAUGCACUUUGCCAAAUCAUGUGGCUGUUAAAUGUACCUUAAAGUUUAUAUAAAGAGCAAGCUUUUGUUUUAAAACAGAAUAAACAUUUAAUAAAAAUAAUGUGUUUUGUA